AUGUUUUCUUCAAUGCUCUUCUCCACUUUCUGCCUCGCCUCAGCGCUCCUGAGCAUCGUGCACGCAGCUGCACUUCCUGUCUGUGGAGCCCGGCAGGAACCGGCCAUUUCAAAAGCCGGGAAAACAGUAGCAUAUUUCGGCCAGAGUCAGUCUCAGUCUACAGAUUCCCUCGCAAAGUUCUGCGCCGAUACGUCUGUGGAUAUCAUCGUGCUUGCCUUUGUCAAUGUCAUCAAGGGGCGAAGGGGACUUCCCGGCUUGAACCUUUCCGGGUACUGCUGGGACCCAAUUGAUGGGACGGACUUGCAUCGCUGUCCCGAGUUUGGCACCGCGAUCAAAGAUUGCCAGGCACGGGGGAAAUUGGUGCUCAUGAGCUUGCAGGGAGCUUCGGGGAUGCAGACGUUGGCUGAUGAUGCCGCGGCGUGUGAGUACGCGGAUAAUCUUUGGAGGCUCUUUGGGGAAGGCACAGGACUAGAGUCCAUGAGACCGUUUGGCGAUGCUAGGGUCGACGGCUUUGAUAUUGACAACGAAAACAACAACUCGAACGGCUGGCCGAAGUUCAUCUCCGAGCUCCGCAACAAGUUCGCCUCCGCUUCCAAAAAGUACUACAUCUCCGCCGCGCCCCAGUGUGUGCGCCCCGACAAGUCGAUCGGUAGCGCGAUCUACCUCGUCGACUACCUCUUCAUCCAGUUCUAUAACAACUACUGCGCGACCACCGGCCUCGUAUCCUGCUUCAACAACUGGUCCGAGGAUAUCGCUGCCAACGGCAUCGCUGGAGCGAAGGUAUUCGCCGGCUUCCUCGGUGCCCCAGAUAAGGGACAGGGCUACGCUGCACACUCCGAAAUGAUUGGCUAUGUCAGCCAGAUCAGGAGCAAGUCCAACUUUGGCGGUGUCUCGGUGUGGGAUGCUACGUGUGCUAAUAAUAAUGUGGACGCGGACGGGAGGACAUUCUUGAAAGCUAUGAGGGAUUCUUUGCAGUAAUCUUUUCUAUUCUUCGCCAUUUGUAUAUGUUUAGAAAUGGGGGUGGGGAGUUAUCUAAAGAGUACGAUG